UCGUCAGUACCCUCACGCGAAUUCUAUACGGACUCUCGCGUAGGACUUCGUUCCGUUCUUGCCCCUCUCCUCCUCGCUGGGAGGCGGAAACCGCCCAAUCCUAACCCUAAUCCACUCUCCAUCAAUCCACCGGCGUCCAAGGACCCUAGAAGAUCCAAAAAAAUCCGUUCUCUAUCUUCUCCGCUCCAUUUUGAUCCAGAAAUGGACCCACCUGGUUCUUCUUCGGAUAAUGGAUCUCUGGAAACUGGUGAAGAUUCUCAAAGUGAUAAGGAGAAAGAUGAUGCAGAGAUAGAUAAUAUGUCACAGGGACCUUCUACUGGAGAGAAUGUUGUGCAGAAGAUAUCCCAAAAUUCAAAGGAAGGUGACUCUAGUUCUGUAGCUGUAAAAGAUACCAAUAAUAUUGAUAAAUCAAAGGCCUAUGGGAACUCACAGUUGGAGCCAGAAGUUGGUAUGGUAUUUCAUUCAGAAGAUCAAGCAUAUGCAUUUUAUAAUAGAUAUGCUCAUCGAAAGGGUUUUAGUGUCCGGAAGGGUCAUCUUGGCCGAAGAAAAGAUGGGACUAUACGGAAUAGAGUUUUCCUGUGCAGCAAUGAAGGCUCUCGUCAGAAGCAUAGUACACAUAUGACAAAGAAACCACGUGAAGCUGUGAGAACAAAUUGCAUGGCUCGUAUUGAGUAUAAAGUGAGUCGUGAUAAUGUAUGGGUUGCAAGUAAAAUCAUCUAUGAACACAACCAUCCACUCGUACGCCCGCAUAAAGCACACUUGUUAAGGUCUCAUAGGAAGUUGUUGGCUCAGCGUGAUGGAAUGCCAAAUGUUGCAGAAACGGGUAAUGAUGUAGAUAAACCUGCUCAAGCUUUGGAAUUUCUGGUGGAAGAGGCUUGUGAUGCUGAAACUGUUGGGUUUCUGUUGAAGGAUCAAAGCACCUAUCUGCACACCAACAGGAUGAGAGAACUUGAAAAGGGAGAUGCUCAGGUUCUUUUAGAAUUUUUGAAAGCCAAGCAGUUAGAGGAUCCUUCCUUUUUUUAUGCCAUACAACUUGAUGAUAGAGAACAAGUGACCAACUUCUUUUGGGCAGAUGCACGCUCUAUACUUGAUUUCUCCUAUUUUGGUGAUGUGGUCUUAUUUGACACAACUUAUAGGACGAACAAGGGUGAAAUACCAUUUGCACCAUUCAUUGGCAUAAACCAUCAUAAGCAAAUUGUGGUAUUUGGUUCUGCUUUGUUAUUGGAUGAAACAACAGAAUCAUUUGUUUGGUUAUUUAAAACCUUUAUGGUAGCAAUGUCUAGACGACAACCAAAGACAAUCUUUACAGAUCAUUUCCCUGCAUUGUCAAGGGCAGUAAGUUUAACAUUGCCUGAGACAUGUCACCGUCUUUGUUUGUGGCAUAUUUUGCAAAAUUCAGCAAUACAUAUGUCCCAUGUAUAUAGCAGUGAGCCCAACUUUCAGAAGGAUUUCAAAAAUUGCAUAUAUGAAGGUGGCUCUGAAGAGGAUUUUCAUACUCAAUGGGUCAAUUUGGUUAAUAUGUAUGGCCUUGCAGGAAAUGCAUGGUUGGAUGAUUUAUAUGCAGUACGAGAGAAAUGGGCAGUGGUUUACCACAAAAAUUCAUUUUGUGCUUCCAUGACAACAGCGAAAUGGAGUGAGAGCAUGAAGAAUCACUUUAAAAAGAAUUUCAACAGGAAGUUGCCACUUUCCAAAUUUUUAGAGCAGUAUCAAAAGUCAUUGAUUCGGUUUCGUGAGAAGGAACUCUAUGAAGAUUACAAAUCAAGGCAAACUAAACCAGUUUUGCUGGUUGAUAUGCCCAUGUUGAAUGAAGCAGCAGAAUCAUAUACAAGGUUGGUAUAUAAUGAAUUUGAGGAUGAGAUCAAGAGUCAGCUUUCUUGUCUUUGUGAACAAGUUGGUUUUGACGGGACUAUAGAUGUUUAUAAAGUUUCUGUUCCUGAAAAACACUGUUAUGGGAUUGUUGAAUAUAACCCAUCCAAUUUGAUGGUCACCUGUAGCUGCAAAAAGUUUGAGACUACUGGCAUCUUAUGCAUGCAUGCAUUAAAGGUUCUUCUUUUUAGGAGCAUUCUUAGCCUCCCAUCUCGGUAUAUACUAAAGAGGUGGACAAAGUAUGCGAAUGUUGAGGUCAUGUCCGAUAGACAUCGACCAGCUGCUGACACUGAUGGUCAAGAACCUUUGACAUCGCAAUAUACCCGGGUUUGCCAUAAGGCAAUUACUAUUGCAGUAAAAAGUGCAUUUUCUGAGGAUGCCUUACAAAUAUUUGAAAAUGAACUUGAGAAACUGAUGUUGGAAGUAGAAAAUGUGUUACAUAUUGCUCCAUUGAGUAGGCAGACAGAUGAGGAAGAUGUGACAGUCAUUGAUGAUAUGCAACAGAACGCAUUUGAAGGAAGUAAGAAAAGACGGGGCCGCAAAGGUCGCCCUAAGGGAGGAGGACUUGAGCAGAAACGGAACAAGAAAACUCAACCCACUUCCAGUUCUGUUGACAUCGUUUCCCAGAACCAGCAAUCACAGAAUAAGACAAAGACAAUAGGACAAGCUGAUGUUUUGGGUCAAGCAAUGGUGAAUGAGUCCUCAAAUGUUCCUUCAUAUCCUCUGGAUGCUACACCAUCAUACUGUACUCCAAUCCAAAUGCAACCCUCAGGAUGCACAUCCUUUAGUCAAGAGGUGGUCAUGCCUGCUCAGGAAUCAUUUACACCCUCACAAGGUGUAUUUGACCAUACAAUGGCAACCCAAGCAGUAAGAAAUCCUAGCAUAGCAUGGUGCACCGCUAGGGGCUCUGUUGGUGUUCCUAUGCAGAUCAUGCAGGGACAAUCCAACAAUUUUGUUAGUUGGAUGGUUCAACCUCGUGGUGUUCCAAAUGUUUCCCUGCCCCCACAUCAUCUUGAUGAACCAAUGCAUUCUGCUCUUCCAACUCAACAUCAGUCAUUGUCCCGCAAGCUUAACUUUGAUAUAAACAAAGGUAACUGACUGGGACUUCAUUUACAAGACAUCAAUGAUUCCGCUUGGAUCUGGAUUGCUUAUUAAUGGGAACUCCAUAUUGACCUUUCUGCUUUCAGGGAGCUCUGUUCAUGGAAGUAUCACAGCUAUAUAAUCUGAUGUAGAGUGUUUAUCAUCUAAGGUUAUCUUUUUGUGUUGCAUAUUUUCUGAACAUAAAUUUGUUUGUAUUGUCAAUGUCUUAACUAUUUCUGUCAAUAGACAAAAUUUCUGUCUGAAGUAAUUGUAGUUGCUUCAUUGCUGAAGCAGAUAAAGUUGUGUUUAGUUGCCCAUAGAAUGCAAAAUGUCGCAUAAAUUUUGGCCCAAA